AUGGCACAAUCUCUUAGAUUCACAGUGAAGAGGGGUGCUCCUGAAUUAGUUACUCCAUCGAAACCAACACCUAAUGAAGUUAAAUCACUAUCCGACAUCGAUGACCAAGAUCUGAUUCGUGUUCAAGUUCCAGGGAUACUAUUUUAUAACUAUGAUCCAAAUAUGAAAGGAAAAGACCCUGUUGAUAUAAUUAGAAAAGCACUUGCGAAAACACUUGUGUUUUAUUAUCCAUUUGCAGGUAGGUUGAGAGAAGGUGAUGGUAGGAAACUUAUGGUUGAUUGUACUGGAGAAGGUGUUUUAUUCAUUGAAGCUGAUGCUGAUGUUACUCUCAAAGAUUUCGGUAAUAAUAUUCUUCCUCCAUUUCCUUUUAUGGAUGAGGUUCUUUAUGAUGUUCCUGGCUCUUCAGACAUUAUUAACGCUCCAUUGAUGCUUAUUCAGGUAACACGCCUCAAGUGCGGUGGUUUCAUAUUCGCUAUUCGUGUGAACCAUACAAUGUGUGAUGCAUCUGGUUUAGUUCAAUUCAUGAAUGCCAUAGCUGAAAUAUCUCGUGGAAUGAAUGAACCUUCAGUCUCACCAGUGUGGUGCAGAGAACUUCUAAGCGCAAGGAACCCACCAAGAGUCACAUGUUAUCACCCCGAACUCGAACAAGCACCUAAUAACAAAGGAACCAUCAAUCUCAUAUCCUUAGACAAUAUGGUCCGAAGAACUUUCUUCUUUGGUCCCAAUGAGGUAGCCACAAUUCGCUCUCUCCUUCCAACCAACCAACAACAACAAUACUCCAAAUUUGAAAUCAUCACCGCUUUCCUUUGGCGUUAUCGUACAAUAGCGUUACAACUAGAUUCAAACCAAGAAGUUUCUAUGUAUUUCGCAGUCAAUGGACGUAGCAAAUAUGUAAACCUACAAUUACCAAAUGGUUACUAUGGAAAUGUUCUUGCAAAUCCUGCUAUUGUUACAACAGCAGGCAAAAUUGUUGAAAAUACAUUGGGGUAUAUGUAUGUAUUGAAUUUAGUUAAGAAUGCAAAAGCUAAAGUUACCAGAGAAUAUAUGCAUUCAUUAGCAGAUUUAAUUGUUAGCAAGGGUCGACCUUCGUUUACUCCGACAGAAUUUAUGCUUCUAGUGUCUGAUGUUACACAUUCGGGAUUUAAAGAUGUUGAUUUUGGUUGGGGAAAAGCUGUUUAUGGAGGACCAGCUGUCGAUUCUCCUAUUCAUAGUAUUGGUUGCUUGUAUUUACCUUUUACAAAUGCUAAAGGAGAGGAAGGUUUAGUCAUACCACUUUAUUUGCCAGCACAAGCCAUGGAGAGAUUUGUAAUAGAACUCGAUAGUGUGCUUAAAGGAAAUAGUGACCAAUCUGUUAAAAGUGAUCCAAAUAAAUCUGGUAUCAUCAAAUCUAGGUUGUAG